ACGGAGGCGAGUCGGUCGGUCUGUGUUCGUCAGUUGAGCAUAGGUCGCGAUACCCUGAGAGAGUGUGUCGGUCUCUUCUGUCGGUUCGGUUUUGACUCGAACAACAGGCCGAAGUCGCUGGCCCAGGUCUUCGAGGGUGAAGGACGACCCUCGGACGAUAUGGAACACUGAGCACCGGCACCACACUCAGAGACCAGCAUGUGGUGGAGGACGUGGACGCUGAUGCUCUUGGCCCUUGCGGCUCAUGCCAGCGGUUUGUGCGAGGUCGAAAGCGGACAGUCGAGCAUUAUCUUGGACAUCGAGGAAAGCCGAGGAGAACAAAUUGACCAAGUCACGUCACCGGCGGAACUUCCAAUAGUAGGCGAUCCGGGAACGCAGAUCCAGUUGGACGCCGUGUUUCCCCAAAACAGGCAGCUUUUUGCGUUAGACGGAAAAAAGUUGAGACUCCUCCAGCCCAUCGACAGAGACACCGGCAACGUCAGCCAUGUAGUUUUUCAGGUGGUUUGCCAGGACAAAACCACACAGAAAAGGAAAAACAUUCCAGUCAUAGUCAGGGUGUCCGACAUUAACGACAACGCACCCAAGUUCCUCAACACACCUUACCAGGCCACAGUCAACGAGUUGACACCUAUUGGAACUUCAAUCUUCCAAGCUCAGGCCGUCGAUGCUGACACAGGCGUCAAUGGCAUGGUCGAAUAUUCGAUUGUGCCCGGUGGCCCGGACGUGGCCGCCAUGGCUCAAGAGACGAGCGGCCGCGUGGCCGACGGCUACGGGUACUUUGCCAUUCGAGCGCCGCACCAAGGCAACAUCUUUGUCAACCAGAGUCUCAACUACGAACGCACAACCAAGUACUUGGUCACUCUCAAAGCGACUGACCGAGCCCGAAAUUCAUCCGAACGAUUGUCUUCGACAACGACCCUGAUCGUCCAGAUUCAGGACGAUGACGACCAAGACCCCAGUUUCGUUUACAGGGGCUGCACCCUCAUGGACGGAGCGUGCAUCAACCCCGAGUACUACGCAUCAGUGUCCAGUGGGGUUCUUUCGGGCGUGCUUUCGGUACGUCCGGAAAGGAUACACGCCGUGGACAUGGAUUCCCUGGGGCGUCCGGUGCAAUAUUCUUUUGUGGAUGGAACGCCGCCCAAAUUCAGGGAGUACUUUGAAAUUGACCCUCGCACCGGCGCCGUCAGGCAAACGCGACCAGUGGACACUUCAGUGGCGAAAAGAUUCGAGCUUUUGGUGAAGGCGGAGGAAGAUUCGCCGAACAAGAGAAGUGCCACCGCCAAAUUAAUCAUCACUGUUAAGCCCAUCGACAGUAAUCCGCCGGUGCUGAAGGCGUCGGCCCUCGAAGGGGUGGUUGCGGAAAACGCACCAAUUGGCACGCCAGUUUUGGAUAUGGAUGGGAGAAUUAUCGUCCUCAAAGUCCAUGAUCCUGAUUUGGGUCCUGGUGAUCCGAAACCCACUUACACGUUUGAGCUGACCACCACCUUCUUCAGGGUGGAGUCAGACGGGCGGCUUGUUGUGAACGAAGAGGGUCUUGACAGAGACCCACCUAGUCCAGGGCGUUUCCGUUUCCAGGUCGUCGCUCGAGAGAAAGGGGGAACGGCGGCCUCUGCCCCGUUGUCGCUGAUGGUCACCCUGAAGGACGUCAACGACAACUCUCCGCGUCUGCCAAACCUUCCGCCAGUUACGGUGGAAGCGGGAGACGCAUCGAGGCGCAUCAUCAAAGUCAACGCCACCGACAAAGAUGAAGGAGAAAACGCAGAAAUCACUUACUCCAUUUAUCACGUCUCGAACAACGGAGGUCACAAGUUCAGAAUUGACCCUGCACUCGGGGUCAUCGAGUCCCUCGGAAGACUGACUGCUGGUGAACAAUACAGCAUAACGGUUCAGGCAACUGACAAGGGUGGUCGCUCAAGUCAGGGCAUUGUGGAGGUCACUGUUAUUCCUGGACCCAACACUCACAGGCCGCGCUUCACCCAGACUGUUUACGAGGCCGAGGUCAGUGAAGGCGCUGCCCUGAACGCAACAGUGUUGACUGUAACAGCGACAGACCCUGAGGAUGACCCUGUCACCUACAGCAUUGUGGCCGGAAAUGAACUCCGACAAUUCUCCAUCAACGCUCAAACUGGAGUCAUAUCUGUAAUCAGAAGGUUGGACAGGGAAGACCUGACCAGGUACCAACUGAUGGUCAGGGCGGAGGACUCUGGUGGCCUGGCUUCCACAGCCACUGUCAACAUCAAGGUUUCCGACCUGAACGACAAGAAUCCUGAGUUUGUCGACUUGCCAUACGAAUUUAAGGUCAAGGAAGGUGAGGCUGGAGUCACCGUUGGAAAUGUCAAAGCAGUUGAUGCUGAUGAAGGUCAAAACGCUGUUGUCUACUAUUCGGUGCCACCGGACGUGUCCUUCAGCAUUGACGCAAUGAGUGGUGAAAUUCGAACAAAGGUGGCGCUCGACUAUGAGAAACAGCCAUCUCACGUUUUUGUGGUCACUGCGACCGACGGUGGACAAGAACCUCGACUUGCCACGGCUUCAGUCACUGUACUUGUUGAGGAUGUGGAUGACGAGCUGCCCAUUUUCGAGCAGACCAUGUAUGAAGCUACGGUACCUGAGAAUAUGCCUGAGUUCAUGGUCAUUCAAGUGAAGGCCGAGGACUUGGACUCGCACCAGCAGAUAACGUACACCCUACGUCAAGGCCCAACAGACCUGUUUGUCAUCGACCCGCAAACUGGUGUCAUCCGAACAACCAGAGGACUUGAUUAUGAGAUGGCUCAUGAGCAUGUCCUUGUCGUCGGAACUUUGGAAAACUCGAAUACUGGACCAGGCGCGGAGGCCAGGGUUCACAUCAAGGUAGAGGACCGCAACGACAAUGCACCCGUCUUCACAGUUUUGCCUCCGAGCCCAGUGACUGUGGAGGCCGAGGCGUCAAUUGGCCAUCCUGUUGCAAAGGUGACGGCCAUUGAUGGCGACGGCACCGCGCCAAACAACGAAGUGCGCUACUCUUUGAUCGGCAGAGGAAAAGCUGCAAAAUACUUUUCGGUGGAUUCAGUCAGUGGACAGGUUUCUAUCAGGGACGACCUUACAAAGGAAACGGAUACAGAGUACGAGUUGGAUGUGGAGGCGCGGGAUGGUGGUGAGCCUUCCCUCUCGUCCAGCAUUGCGCUCUUUAUUCGCGUUCACCACGAGCAAUCGGCCACUGCUGAUGGCGGUCUUGGCUUCCCUGAUGACUCGUACACCGUGGAGCUGGAUGAGAAUGCUGCUGUUGGUGAUGCCAUUAAGGAAUUGACUAUCAUCAACGCUCAAACGCACCCUAACGCACCUUUGAGCUGCAAAAUCGAAUCAGCUAAAGAGCUUUACAUGUUUGCAGCAAAAAUCACUCCUAACAAAACUUGCUUGGUUACUCUCAACACAACUCUGGACUUUGAGGUGGACAAGGCGUUGAAGUUCAGAGUCACCUUGGAGUCCCUUAGUGGAAUUUUGAAUCAGCAAAAGUCAUCAACUAUUAUUAAGCUGAAGGUGCUGGACGUGAAUGACAACGUUCCCUACUUCAUUUUUCCCUCUUUGCCGGCGCCGCGUUCUCUUUACAUGGGCGCCAUUUCUCGUGAAGCUGAGGUCUUCACUCCCAUCCUGCAGGUGGAGGCCAAGGACAAGGACGGCGGGACCUUUGGCGAGGUGCGCUACCGCAUUCCUCCAGGUCAACCGGCCGCGGCCACCUUUGCCCUGGACGCAGUCACAGGUCUCCUCCGCACCAACGGCUCUUUGGCGGCCCUUCGAGGACCUCUGCGUUUUGAAGUGGAGGCGAGAGACGACCCUGAGGCUAAGGAUGGAUUCAACACGGCCAGGGCCACGGUGGCUGUCGACCUGUUGGAGCCCCAGCACCGGAUGGUCCUCGUCUUGGCCGACGCGCGACCUGAAAGGGUCAAGACGGCCGAGCAGCGCCUCCUCAGCGCCAUCGAAACGCAUACAGGCCUGGCCGUUGGCGUCGAAAGGGUCACCGCCCACUCCUACCUGACGCCCAACGGCACCCUGGCCGUCGACGAAGGGGCCACCGACGUUUGGUUCUAUGCUCAAGACCCUGAAACCGGCGCCCUCCUGUCUCGAAAUGCCUCUCGGGUGCAGAGACACGUUUUGGGAAGAAACGCGACGGCCUCUCUCAAAUUGGCCGUCUCAGCAGCCCUGCAGGCCACAGCCUCCGAGGUGCGCGAGCCUCUGGAACAGCCCAAGCCAAAGGUCGUGGCCGCCACCGCACCGGCCAGUUGGGACGCCUUCCCGUACGCCAUGGUCGCAAUUGCAUGCAUCGUACUUGUUCUCGGAGUGGUCGGCAUCGCGUAUUUGUGCGUCUCUUGGCACAGGUACAAAACGUACAAAGAGCGGAUGCAGCGAAUGUAUGUGGUCCCCAGAUAUGACCCAGUUUUCGUUGAACCAAAUCUUAAGGAGUAUGAAACUCAGGUUUUGCAAAUGAGCGUGCCGAUUGACGAUUCCGACAGCUACAACGACCUGCAGCUGGAUUUUGAUGCUCACAAGAAUCACGCCUUUUCGUUGGACAACGUCAGUUACAUUACGAAGAGCACGGGUCAACAUAGCCCGACCAGCUCGGAGGCGGCCACCACGGCCAGGGCCUCUGAGCUGGGGCCCAAUCUGGUGUACGCGUCCAACAACGACAACGUCAUGUUCCGCGACAACAAAAACUACCAGAGUUCGUUCUCAUCAUACCUGGCCGAGACCACCACUGAACUGUGAAAGACUGACGCUCAAUUAUGUUUUACUGAACCGAAAUGUAUUCCACCAAUGGACGCCCAAAACACGGCCGACUGCUGCAAUCUUAUGAACUAGCUUAACUACCAUACUAACUGAACGAGAGUGAGUGUUUCUUGUUAUUAUCUUAGACAGCAGGUACUUGAGAUGCUCCGACGGCUGCAGUGUUUUUAAUUAAUUUUACCAAACGAGCAAAAUAUUGAAUAUUAAUUUUGGAUCUCAAGAGUUAAAUUGAUUUUAUUGCCUAUGAUCAGAUUACUCAAGCCGUAGGAGCAAGUUGUUUCUAGUUAUUGGAAGUGCCUGUUGUUGUCUGCCAGUGCCAACCGGAGAGCAUCAAAAUGUGUUUAUAUAAAAACUAUUUAAUGAAGAAAUAUUAUAUUAUGCUUUGUCUGCGGGAGAGAUGUGAAUGCAAUACACUUGUACAAUGUAAGAAAGUUUGUAAUCUAAGGAACGUCGUCACCAGCAGAUAAAAUUAAUCAUCGAAUAAAAGGCCAUUGAAUAUUAUUGCUAAAUAGA